UCAGGCGUGUCACAAACCGUGUCACUCCUCCGUUCACAGAACAAUAUACAGCACAUCAUGGCGCCUGGGCUCAUCUUCACCAUCUGCUCUUGUGCUCUGCUGAUAGCUGUGGUGUAUGCUACACUGGAGGCGACUGGUAACCAUGACACCGAGCUCACUGAGGAUGCGAUCAGAGAAAAGCGAGGGCUAAGAGGGAGACAUCGCCAUCGACACAGGAGCCACAGACAGGGAGAUGGAGAUGGUGAUGGAGAUGAAGAUGGAGACGACAAUGUUCGUAGUGGUAGGGGAAGAGGAGGAGGGCGCAGGCGCAGACCUGGACGAGGCCGACGACCUGGUGGUAGACGUGGUGGGAGAGGUCAACGUAGGAUAGCAAGUGCCACAGAUCUAUCCGACAUGCCUCAAAGAGCACAACGACUAAUCACUGCCCUGGUUGGUGCACAGAACAGUUUCACAGCCAAUCUCCACCGUCAAGUUGGACAACCUGUUACAGAUGUUGUGUACUCUCCGUUUAGCCUUCACCAAGCGUUGACCAUGACCUUCAUGGGCGCUAUGGGUAAUACUGCGUUUCAGAUGAAGAGAACACUCGCUUUACAGGGACUAGGGCGACGUACGCGCCGAGCAGCAAAGAAGCUUAACGAAGUUAUCAGCCAUUCUGGCAAUGCUACCCUGAAAACGGCGAAUGGUGUGUAUGUUAAAGCAGGAUUGACUGUCGUGGACGAUUUCACAGAGAGUCUGCGUGUAUUCUACCAGGCUAAUAUCUCCUCGUUUGACUGGGAACACCCAGAUGGACCAGAAGGUCCGAUUAACGAAUGGGUUUCUGAGCAGACGAAUAAUCUCAUUCCAAACCUAGUGGCCCCGGAUACCAUAGAUUCGUUGACAGCUAUGAUUCUAGUCAACGCGAUCUACUUUAAAGCAAAGUGGAAGACGCCAUUCACACCAUCCCUAACAACUCAGCAGAUGUUCAGAAAGUCACGUACUGAGCAGGUGCCCGUUCAGAUGAUGCAAGUAGAAGGGAUGUUCAAGUUGGGCACUGUUCCUGGUCAUGCUGCCAGAAUAUUGGAGUUACCAUAUGAAGAUGACCGCUUCAGUAUGCUCGUGAUGCUUCCCAAUGAAAUCGAAGACCUACCCACACUGGAGAACGGGCUGACGGUAGAUCUUCUCGCCAGUAGGUUGGACACUGUCGUAGCUUCGGACUUGAAGGUAUAUUUGCCUCGUUUCAAACUGGAGACAGCAAUAUCAGUAAAGGAAUCUUUACAAAAUAUGGGGAUGACCAAUCCAUUCCUGCGGGGAAUGGCAGACUUCAGCGGCAUCGUGAGCACUCGUCAGCUUUACAUUUCUGAUGUACUUCAUAAAGCUGUUGUCGACGUUAAUGAAAUUGGAAGUGAAGCUGCUGGGGCCUCAGCAGUUAUCAUUUCUCUCGAAUCACUUCGAAUAAUGCCCGAGAUUCGCUGUGACCACCCCUUCCUCUUCAUCAUCAGAGACAACGUCUCCAAAGCCAACCUCUUCAUUGGCAAGUUCUCCGGUGGGGCCUAAAUGUGGAUUAUUCCAGGUCCCCCGAAUUGAUCGUAUUCUGACUCAACUUUGGAGUCAACCAUCAUAUGUUGCCUGGUCACUUAUUAUUACAAAAAAGGAAGUGUAGUUGGAUAUAGAUAUAGCAAGUCUCUCACAUCUCGACUAUUCACAUCCAUGUAUCGAUUAGAAAAGUAAAAGAACAUGGAUUGCAGCUGUUAAUAGGUUAUAUGUUUUUUUUCCAAUAAGUUCCUCAUCAGCCACAGGAAGUAAAUUUUAAUGAAUAUCUAAUACCUCUUGUCCAUCGUGAUGUGCACCAGUUAUUGAUUGUAAGAGAGUCACAUUACUGGAUGAAAAAUGUAUUUGCUUAAUAUCAAAUGUUACACAAGAAGCCACUGUCGUACGUGCGUAUAACAAAGUUCUGGAAUAAACUAUUUCCCAACUC